AUGGCCGCAACGGCAAUUCCCUUUGGCGCUUUCAUCAGCCUUGAGAGUGAUUCUUCCGCUUCUAUUCGAGGACCUGAUGCCGUGGUCCAUCGAGACUAUAUCACAUAUUGCUCACCUACAGAACAUGAACUCUCUAAGCUACAAUGGGGACAGCGUCUCAACGGGCCAGAAAAGAUCAGACCUGGCAAUGUCUCUCCCAAUGAACAAUCGAUCCCACCAACACCAGGAGAAUUGGAAGAAAGCCAGCCUGCGACACCAGCAGGAGCUCCAGCAAUCGGUGCCAUAAUUCAAUCAUUCUCUAACCCUCCCAGAAAUCGCUGGAGAGUAGCCUCGGCCUCUGUCUUCUUUUUGUUGAUGGGGAUGAAUGAUGCAGCGACCGGUGCUCUGAUUCCCUAUCUUGAAGCCGAAUACAACAUCGGAUACGCCAUUGUCUCCCUAAUUUUUGUUACGAAUGCAAUUGGAUGGCUCGUGAUGGCUCCGAUAUCCCAAAUGAUAGAAGCCCGGGCAGGUCGGUCUCGUUCCUACAUUAUAGCCACAACCCUCAUGAGCAUGGGCUACACGACCCUUGUGUGUGCACCGCCCUUCCCGGUCGUCGUCCUGAGUUUCUUUCUUCUCGGCCUCGGUAUGGCACUGUUUUUGGGAAUGACCAACGCUUUCAUCGUGAAUCUGGUAAAUGGUACCGUUCUUCUCGGCCUGUGCCAUGGCAUAUAUGGGCUUGGUGGUGUUGUCUCCCCCAUUAUCGCAACUGCAAUUGUCUCUAAAGGCGUCAGCUGGUCGUACUACUACUUCAUCACCCUCGGCAUAUCCAUCUUUUCGAUAAUCUUCAUGGCGUGGUCUUUUAAGGGGUUCGAAAACGAUGCUUCUCAACAACUACUCACGAAUCUCGAACUCACUGCUUCACGACAAGCAUCAGCAGCAGGAGAGCCGACAAAGUUCCAGCUCCUUAAGCGAGCAUUGAAGAAUCGAACCACCCUGCUCGGUGCUGCGUUCAUCUUCUUCUACCAGGGUGCAGAGGUUGCGAUUUCCGGCUGGGUCAUCUCCUUCCUAAUCCAUUAUCGAAAAGGAGACCCAUCUCACGUUGGCAAUGUCACGUCUGGUUUCUGGGCCGGUGUCACCGUGGGAAGAUUUGUCCUGACCCAUUUUUGCCACAAGAUGGGAGAGAAGCUGGCAGUUACUAUACUCAUCAUCGGAGCUGGCGCUUUCCAACUUCUCGUUUGGCUCGUCCCAAAUAUCAUUGGUAGUGCGGUUGCGGAGGCCUUGGUUGGUCUACUACUAGGACCCAUAUAUCCCUGUGCGACCGGAGUCUUCUCAAAACUCUUACCUCGGAGCAUGCAGAUUGUCAGCCUAAGUGUGACCACUUCGAUGGGAUCCUCGGGAGGUGCGUUUGUGCCUCUCAUCACCGGCCUCAUGGCACAAAGCCUGAGUACUGUCGUGCUGCACCCAAUUGUUCUCAUUUCAUUUGCUGCAAUGAUUGGCACCUGGGUCUCACUUCCGCGGAUCGGAAAGAGAAUGGAGUAA